AUGCACGUGCAGUCGACGACCGCGCUUCUGGCGUUGAUGGCUGUGACCACGAUCGACGCCCAGACCACCUCGAACGUGACGGCACCACCCCGUGUCUGUACGGCACCCGAGACAAACUUCGACUACUACGGUCACGACAUCUCCAAGGUGUAUGUCGCGGGCAACCAAGCCGACCAGCUCCAAGCGUGCUGCGACGCGUGCGGCAAAACCCGGUGGUGCAUUGGUUUCUCGCUCUCCAACAGCUUUUGCUAUCUCAAGGCAUCGGACGCCGGGCGCCGAGCAGCACCAGGUGUCGUGUCGUCUUUGAAUGCGUAUACGACAUGGACACCGACGCCUACAACGACACCGACGCCUACACCGACACCGACGCCUACACCGACGCCUACACCGACGCCUACACCGACGCCGUCGGCAGGUCGCACUUGCGGCGCACCGAUCUACAACACCGACUACUACGGCAACGACAUCUCCAACUUUGGCACGACCGGUGAUUUCAACAACAUGCUCAAGCAAUGCUGUGACGGCUGCAAGGCGGUUGCUACCUGCGGCGCCUAUACGCUCGCCAACAACGUCUGCUAUCUCAAGACCGUCGCGCUCUCGCCCCGGACUGUCAACGGUGCGACGACCGUGAUUGUACCGCCGGUGCCGGGCACGAGCGUCCGCUACUGCAGCAGCCCCGAAGUCAACUACGACUACUAUGGCAACGACGUUGGUACUGUCCAAGUGACGGGCGAUGUGAACGCGAUGAUUGGUCAGUGCUGCGAGACGUGCAAGAAGAACAGCCAGUGCAACGCAUACGUCUUGUUCGACAGCGUCUGCUAUCUCAAGUCGGCGACCGGUGUUCGCUCGAUCAAGGUCGGCGCAAUGGCCGCGUCCGUGCCCACGGCCACGUGGUAA